AUGAAGGAGACAAAUCUUCAGAACAAGGCAAACAAGUUGGCUCAAGAUGAGCACGCAAAUGCUCAAGACAAGGCUGAGUACCAGAAAGAUUUGGAACAGCUAAAAGCAGACAAACGCAGCUUGGCAGACAGGAAACAGUCCAUGAAAGAUUUGAGGGGCCGGCAUAUCAAAGAGGAGGUUCACAGACGGUGGAGCUUGCACAAAACGCAAGAAGAGCAUGUGGUCAAGUGCGUUGAUCAACAAUGUGAGAUUGAGCGGCAGAAGCUGAAAGUUGAGUCUGAUGCGGUUCAACAGCGGCAAGGCCAAAUCCCCAGAACAGAAAGCUCUUCGAAUCGGGCAACGAAAAAAGUAGGGAGGCUCCAAUUCAUACAACAAGUCACGAAUGAGGAGCGCAUGAACUGUGAUGCUUGCGAAGCUCACGCCCACAAGAGAGCAACUCGCUCGGUGAAGUCUCGCCUUACAAGAGUCCAGCAGACGGAGAUGAACCACAAGGUUGCGGAGGUUCUUUCGCAGCUGGACAGGUGGUUUGAGGGCUGGGACGGCGAUGAAUGGGAGGCCCAUCAGCAGACCCAAGAGAAUAACGUGUGGAGAUUGAUCCAAACUGCCAGUCCUCAUCGGCCAGCUUCGGUGGAAGAAGUCCAAGCAGUUGCUGAUGCAUGGGAGAAUGUUUCAGUCAAACUUGCUGAAUGGAUUCAUGACAGAAGCAAUACAGCUGUGGACUCUCAAGUUGAGUUCGAUUUGGUUCAUUUGGCCAAUUCUGGUGGGUUUUCGAUUGCAGUGAAUCAGCUGACGGAUGCAAUGGAGGAAGUGCGGCUGCGAGUGGAUGUGCAGGAGACGUUGAUUCAGAAGUUGGAGAACAAUGCUCAAAUGUGGACCAGGCAGCGCUUGAUCGACCGUCUCUUCAUGGUCUACGAACAGGUACAGCAACAAUGCCCAGAGUGGGACUUCAGCGGUGGCCUGCAGCCUCCAAUUGUUCCAGUUGUGAAGCCAAUUCCAAAGCAGAGCUUCCCAGAUCUCCACAUGCCAAAGUUCGAGGAUCUUCGCCAGGAGCUGUCGAAACGACUUUCUGCUGCUAUCAAAUCAGCUGCCCAGAAAGUUGUUGAGAAACCGCAUUUUCCACUGGAGAUUCCGCCUAGUUCAGUGAUUGAGAGGAAGCUCAGUCAAGGCCCUGGACGAUCCUUGCAUCAGAGCUUGAAAGAGAGUUGGGAUGCAGAAUUUGAACGCCCUCAAAAAUCAGAGGUUUUGGCCAAGCAGGUCCUAGCAGGAUAUCGGAAGUCCUUUGCAGAAGUGGUGUCCCAAGAAGCCGUGCGUCUUCGCGGAGUGGUUUUGGAAAGUUGGAGGAAAGUAUUCUUCGCAAUCUCGGACGUCCCAGAGGAUGCUCGCGGAGAAGCCUUCAAAGCAUUGCAGAUCACAUGCGCUGCAGGAACGGCAGAGAGAGCCCGGCUGGUGGCUUUGCUGGCUGCUCCUCCAGGCCAAUGGCCAGACUUGAAGCCGCUGAACCCCUUCUUUGAAGAUGGAGAUGGCUAUGAUCGCUCUAGCCGUUGCAGCCUCUUCCCACGCUGGACAGCUCAAGACAAACAGAGCCAAAUCCCAGCAAAGCUCAGGAAUGCCUUAAGGGAAGUCGUUCAACUGCAGGGUUUGGCCACUUCUUUGUGUCGUGUCUCACAUGAACUUAACGGGGAAAUCAGUGCCAUCUUGCAGAGACAAGUAGCAGACCUCUUGGAAAUGCCAACGGCUCUGACGAGACCAGAUGAGUGGCUUCAGUUUGAGUGGGAGCAACGUUUGGUAUGCCGACCCGUUCAGCUACAUGUGGCCAACACCAUGACGAAGUCGGAUUUCGACAAGAAAGUCCUACAGUUGAACAUGGGGGAAGGCAAGAGCAAAGUCAUACUGCCUUUGCUUUGCACAGCAGUUGCGGAUGGCAAGCAGCUGGUGAGAGUUGUUGUCCUGGGAUCAUUGUUGGACGCUGCCAUCGACCACUUUCGCAAUGUGCUUGGCGGCAUGCUGGGCAGGAGGAUCUACCUGGUACAUUUUGAUCGGACCAAAACCAUCACUGAAGAAUCGAUCGGAGCGCUUAUGAAUCAACUUCGGGAGUGCAGGAAAAUGGGAGGUGUGUUGCUCAUGACGGAAGAAUCAACCCGAAGCCUGCAGCUGAAGCUCCGUGAAUGCUGUCUCCGAGAGACGCCGAACAAACUGGCCUCCGCCUUUGCAGGAAUUUUCAGCGAAGGGCUUCACUCUGUCGUGGACUUUUUCGAUGAAGUGGACGAAGCGCUCCGCUUGCAGAAUGAGCAGAUUUACACCCUUGGCUCUCGUCAGGAUUUAGACGGAGGGACAAUGCGCUGGAAAGUGCCAUUUGCGAUUUUCCGCUUGUUGAAGAAAGACCAGGAGGUCAAGCAGAAACUACUGGAACUCUCUUCAAAGAACAUGGUAGAGAUCUCCGAAAGUUCUUGUUCUACGGCAACUGGAGCAGAGUUCCCUCGAUUGCGCUUUGUGGAACUUCAUCGAAAUGGAGAGGAUUGGGCAGACCUGUCGCAAUCUCUUUGCGAAGGUUUGUUGUCCACCACUGAAAAGCAUGAGAAGUUGGGUGGCCUCCGGAAUCUUCCUUUGAAGACUCGUGAUCGACUGCGCGAGUUCAUUCUCAAUCCGAAUUUGUCUGAUGAGAAGUUGAAGGAAAUCUUGGAGCUUGUUCAGGAGGAUGACAGCAAUCCAUCUUUGCCACAAGCUGCUCUCACUGCCAGAGGCCUCUUUGCGGGUGAUAUCUUGCGUUCUGCGCUGCACAAGAGACACAGGGUUGAGUUUGGAGUGGACAACGUGACUUGGCGCUGUGAAAUGGCCAUACCUUUCCGCUUCAAAGAUGCUCCAAGCGAGAGGACUGAGUUUGGUCACCCUGAUUUGGCCAUCACUUUGACCCUGCGCGCCUAUGCAGAAGAUGGUUUGACUCGUCAGUCAUUUCGCCGCGUCCUGCAAUGGUUGAAGGACUUGACUCUCAAGGAACAAACGCGUCACUACAGGCUUUGGUUAUGGGCUGCAGCCAUUGAAGAUGACUUGCAGACUGGGGCUGUUCACAAAGCCGUCGCCAAAAGGCUGAAAAUCCCAAGGGCUGCAGAGGGCUUGACCUUUGAUGAUGAGAUGAUUGAUUUGCUUUGGCCAAAGCUGGGCAAGAAUUUGCAGGUUGUCGAGACUUUCCUGGAGGAGUUUGUCUUUCCCAAGGAAACUCGACAAUUUCCGUUCAAGGUAUCAUCAAGUGCAUGGGAUUUGGCCGCUGGGCGUUUGAGAGGAUUUUCAGGCACAGCGGACAAUCGGCAGCUUUUGCCUUUGGGGGUGCAGCAGUAUGAGGACGACAUGUUGAAGCACACUGAUGGCCAGGCUUUGCGAAGGCUUUGUGAUCCUGAGAUGGGCGGACCGUCCCCUGUGAAAAUGAUUGAGCACAAGGAACCCUUGCAGAUUUUGGAGGAGAUUCUCAUCGCUCAAUCUGAAGUCCAUGUGUCUGUGCUGAUUGACUGCGGUGCUUUGCUCACUGGGAUGUCGAAUCGGCAAGUUGCAGAGGCUGUGCUGAAGCUGAGUCCUCAUAGAUUUCGGGCAGCUAUUUAUUUCGAUGAUGAGAACCAGAUCAUGGUACUGGACAGUGAUGGAAAAGACACUCCUUUGGCAAAGAGCCCGCUUCAACCUGCCCAUGAGUGCUUCACAUAUUUGGAUGACAAGCACACGCGUGGAACGGAUCUACGCUUUGCCCCAGCUGCAGUUGGAGCAGUCACUGUGUGUAAGAAGACCACCAAAGACAGGCUAGUCCAAGCCUGCAUGCGCAUGCGUUCUCUGGGCCUGGGUCAAAAGGUUAUGCUUUUUGUGGACAGUGAAGCUGGAAGGCAACUUGCAGCAGAAGGUGGACAGCAUGGAGUGGAGCCAAGUGUGGAAUUAGUUCUUGCUUUUGUCACAGCUCGGACAGCAGAGGAGUUGAAGUCUGCUAUUGUUCACUGGGCAUUGCAGGGUUCAGCCUUUGCAACACGAGUGCCCUUCUUGGAACAUGUCCAGGGGGGCUUCGGGCCUGAAUGCAGGCGUUUGGCAAAGCUUUGCAGAGAGCCAGAGAAUUUUCAGUUGACUUCGUAUUGCCAGUCACUGGCUGCUUGCCCCAGUGAGGAAGAGAUUCCUAGGCGUGCUUUGGAUGCCCCAGAACAGAUCUUGAAGAAUGCAGAUCUGACACCACAAGAAACACAGCGCUGGAGAGAACGAGCACACAAGAGAAUCAGGAAUCAGUUGGCAUACUUGCAUGAUCACAAACUCCUGUGUUCUGAGGGCGUUCUUGUUACUUCUAUGGAUGAGGAACAGGAACGAGAGAGGGAACAGGAGAAAGAACGAGAGAAGGAAAUCGAAAUAGAAACCGAAGCUGAAGUGUGUCCUCCUCCAGUCCAAGCCCACACACCGCUUGCUGAGAAGCAAUGGGAAUGGGGCCAUGCUUUACAAAAAGGUUUUGUAUCUGAUUGCCUCAAUGAAUGCGAUGGAUGUCCCCGUUUGCAUGCAAUGACUGCAGAUGAGCUGGAACGCUGCGGGAUGCAUUUGCCACAGCUGCUCGAUUUCAGAGACAUGCCAAGUCAUUUGUUCAUCACCAGCAAUUGGCUUUGCAGUGUCCAAAUUACAGAUGACCAUUGCAGCCCUCUGGAAAGAGCACAUGCGUUGCGUGCAGUGGAUACUUUCCUUUUGUCGGGCAAUGACCAAGUGACAUCGAUCAUCUUGCUAUCAGGCUGGGAAGCCAGCAAUGUGUUGGUAGAGAUGAGGUAUCUGAGCAAACAUGCCCCUCAGCGGGCAACGCAGGCAGAAGAGUUCUUUGCCCAGCUGUGCCACUUGAGUGAUACUGGCAAAAGUAUGUCUGUUUGUCGUGUGGGCUAUCCAAAGCUUCCACGUGCAGAGCAUCGAGCUGUGCUGAAGCUUUUCAAUGGCUCCUGUGAUUACUCACUCAGUGAAUGUGCAGAAGUUGCGAAAUUUCUGGGUCUUUUGCAACCACGGAGCGCCUACAACUUUGCCAGCCACCAGUGGAAUGAACAACAAAGCCAGCGUUUGUGGGAAGCAUUGAGAGACCAGAAAGUUUUGAGCAGGAACGGUUUUGUGAAAGAGGUCCCAGACGUGGAUGCCAAACUGAGAGAGGCUGUGGAAACCGCCUUGGAGCAAAGAGAUGCAAAUUAUGCUUUAAAGAUGGUUUGGCUUCACCACCUGCUGACUCAGAUUUCAACAGGACGCAAAAAUCCUGCAGAAAUUGUGCCAGAAUUCGUGAGACUCCGACUACAAGGUCAUUGUUUCCAAGGAUCCAGCCUCGAGGAGCUCUUAGACCUUUGA